AUGACUGAAGCACAGAGAGAAAUGCUAACUAAAUAUGCUCCUGAAUGCAUAUGUAUCGAUAGCACCCAUGGCACAAAUGCUUAUGAUUUUCAACUGACAACAUUGCUAGUCCUCGAUGACAUGAGGCAAGGACUUCCAUGCGCCUUCAUGAUUUCAAGUAAAGUCAAUCAAGAUACAUGUGCUGUGUUUUUUAGUGAGAUUAAAGAUGUUGUAGGGGAUAUCUCAACUGCAAUUUUUAUGUCUGAUAUGGCUGAAACUUAUUAUAAUGCCUGGCUAUCAACAUUUCACACUGUCCCUACUAACAGACUUUAUUGUGCCUGGCAUGUUGAUAAUGCCUGGAGAAACAAUCUUAACAAAAUAAAAAACCAAGAUCUACGUGUUUUUGUGUACAAAAUUCUAAAAACUUUGAUGUACGAAACUGAUGUAAACACAUUUGAAGUUCUGCUUACAAAAACUAAAGAUAUGUUUUCUUUAAAUGAUGAACUAAAGCAGUUUGGAGACUACUUUUUUCAGUUUUAUGGACAAAAUUCAGCGUGCUGGGCUUACUGUUAUCGAACAAACCUUGGAAUCAAUACCAACAUGCAUCUUGAAAGUAUGCACCGGACACUGAAAUAUAUUUAUUUCAAGGGUAAAAAGGUGAAACGUUUAGACAAAUCUGUUAUUCAGAUUAUGAAAUUUAUCAGAGAUAAACUAUUUGAUAGACUAGUUAUUUUACAUAAAGGCAAGCUAGUUCCAAAGUUGAGUGACUUGCGUCUGAGGCAUCAAACUAGCCUUGCAUUAUCUCUUGAUUUUGUUAGUGAAAUAAAUGAUUCCUUCAUUGUUCUUUCUUCAAAUGACCCUGCGACAACUUAUAUGGUAAAAAAGAACAAUAAAAGCUGUACCUGUCGACUACGCUGUGAUGAAUGUGAUUCCUGUUUACAUGCAUAUACUUGCACAUGUAUAGAUGCAAGUAUUAAAAAUAAUAUGUGCAAGCAUAUUCAUUUGACAUGCAGGUACUUGCAGUCAAAACAAUGCAUUGAUAAAGUGGGUGUAGAAGCAACUAGUUUAUGUAUUGAUACAGAUAAAGCUGAUAAAGAUUUUGAAGAAAAUGUUAUAGUUACAGAACUUUUAAAGGAAAGUGGUACAGUGAACAUAUCAUUAAUUGAAGCAAAAGAGGAUUUGAUAAAAAAAUUUAGUGAUAUGAUUUACGGUAUCAAAGAUGCAUCAGAAGUUAAAAUUUUAAACGACACAUAUAAAUCAGCUCAAGUAAAGUUGUUGGCUCAUCAUAAUUCUACCACUCCUCUCAAUCCUUUGUCUCCAACAAAGAAAAGAAAAAUUGCACCACAGCGGCGACUAUUUUCAGUUAAAAAUAAAAGAGUUAAGCGUAAUAAUGCCAUUUCAAAUCCUACCGUGCAAGAGUCCCAGGAUAUUGCUUUAUCUCUAAUUAUGCCGAAAUGAAUUUUGUGAAGUCAUAGCAGUUAAUAAUACAAGUAGUUUUUUUUCUUCUAUCAACAUAUAAAGGAAAACCAGUAUAAACUUUAUUUUA